CUGAAUAAUUUGCGUAAGUGCUUCAACAAUAUAAAGCUGGGAAUAUUAUAACUCUAUAACAUUGUAGUUUUCUGAUUUUCCAGGACAUCACAUUGAGAAACUUUGUUGGCACCUUUGAGAUUCUUAUAAGAGACUCAAAGACUCUGGAGAUUCACAAGAGAACAUCAAAGCGCUGUUACUUUCAAACGCAUGAACUAACAGUGUGUUCCACAGAUGGAGUGAUGACAGUGGUGGCGACCACUACAAAAACCUGGCCAACGGUACCACCCAGCAGCACAACCCUUUUAGACAGAAGAUGCAGACCCAAGGCAACAGAUGAAACGAGGGUCAUGUUUUCUUUUAGUGUGUCCACAUGUGGGACUAGAUUAUUGGUGGGUGACGGCUACAUUGUUUAUGAAAACGAGGUCGUUUCUGAUGGAGGUGCUGUAACUGACCAGGAAACGGCCAUUACAAGGGAAUCAAAAUUCAGGUUCACUGUGAGAUGCUUCUAUCCACUUGACUCUGUUCAACAGGUUUUUACAUCCAGACUGUUUGAAGAUCCUAGCUUUGGACAACAAGGAAACCUUAUCAGCUCUCACACAGCCUCUGUUUUUGACCCUAAACCUUGGCCGAAACAAACUUUCUUACAGCCAGAUCAAGUCUGGCAGAGGCUGCUGUGCAACAGAUAAGGAGGAUACACAAUUUCUGCAAAGAGGACUUCCACACCCUGGCUAUACGUCAGAAAACGGUUACGACGCCAACAAUAUUCCAUAUCCAUACAGGCGUUCCCAACUCAAGGAAUCUGGUGCGCAAUUUACCCCUCAAAUGAUUAUCAAACACAACUCUGGUCCAUCUAUGACAAAUGCAGGGCAGCAAGACUUUUUUAAUGGCUUGUUUGAGGACAAGUCAUUCCUUGUUGAUGUCCCACAGAAAACUAUGAAAAUGAGUAUUCUAAAUCAAGACAAUUCUGUGAUGAUUGGUAACCAUUCAGCUUCAGCUUUCUACAAGGGAUCAAAAAAUGCAUCACACAUCGUAAAUGAAACCUUGCUUUCCUUUUUACAGUCUCUCAAUACCACCGGUUAUCCAACAAACUACAAUCUAAAUAGCAAUGAAGUGAGUGACCAGCUUCACCUAAGAGAAAACAUGGACAAUUACACUCCUGACAGUGGUUUUCAACAUUCCUCGGAUCAACUAAUUAUCAAUCUGCCUUCAAAUAAUUCUUCGCGCUACACAAAAAAUAUUAUUUCUAACAAAUUCGAAGCAAGCAAAAGUGAAUGGGACCAAAAACAUUCGAAGAGUUAUAUACUUCCCACAUUCAACAUGAAGAGUAAGAGCAAACUUGCCACUGAAAGCAGUACUCAGCCACUUAAAGAGUACAGAUGGGAAAAUGAAGGCCUUGUAGCAGGCGAGCAUAAUUUCAUGCAUGAAGAUGAUUAUAAUCCAAGGAAAUUACUUACUAUGCAUACACAACAGCAAAAAGACAAAGAUGGACAUUUUCGUUCUGAUCAUAAGCUUUCAACAAUAAAACCAUCAUAUGACAAAUUGAGAGGGACUCUGUUCUUCCCUGGUAAAAGAAGCCGUUACGGUUCCAGCAUUCAUAAAGGAAUAAUAAGAGGUAAUUUUCCAUUUCUGAAUUAUGUAUAGUACAAUUAAGCAACAUGCAGUAUCAUACAACAGUAAAUUUAAGCAAUAUUCUAAUGCUGAACCAAACAUUCUUUCCUAGGAUGACCAUGGAGGCUGUAAAAAAUAUGAUUUCACUGUUAAAUAAAUAGUGAAUCCAAAUUGUGAACUUUGCUUCUUG